AUGGGUACACUGCAGCUCAUCACCAUCACAGCUGAAACGGUUGGAAAGAUUCUCCUCUGUGCCCUUGCGGGUCUUCGUCUUUCUCACUAUUUCGUCGCACCGGCCAAAAGUCUGCGGGGUCUCAGUGCUAUUUCACUUCUCGUAUUUCUCCCGUGUCUUUUAUUUGGAAAUCUCGUUCUUCGGCUCACCUGGUCGGCGCUUGGACAUUAUUACUGGGCCCCACUUCUUGCAUGUGUCCCAACAGUGCUUGGUGCGAUUGGUUCCUUUCUCUUUCGCCCAUUGCUGGAUCCACAUUGGCACGGUGUACUCACAUUGGGAUGCACCUUUCAGAAUGGAUUAACAUUUGGAUUGUCUAUAGUGAUGACAUUAAAGGGAGUCGCGUGGUUAACACCAGAGGCGGUGGAACGGGCAACAUCAUAUAUAUUUCUUUACAAUAUUGUCUGUUCUAUUGGGCUUUGGGCUAUUGGGGAACCAUUAAUUAAAUCAUGUAAGAAGCGUUUGGUGCAGGAACGUCUGGCACGACGACGUAUUCAACAAGAACAACAACAACAACAACAAGAAGAACAACAAGAGCAUCGUGAGGAAAUCAGUGGAUGUAUGGAUAGUGAAAACAGAAUAGUUUAUCCAUAUGGAUUAAAUAAUUCGUCUAUCGAAGUCGAUAGAACUGUAACAGCAAGUGAUAUAGAUAAUAACGCAGUGGAAUCAACACCUAAUCAAAAUGAAUCUAAAAAAGAAAGAAGAGCAACAGUGGAGGAGCAAUUUGUGUGGUAUCGUCCUUCAGAUAAUGCGCCGCCUAUUUCUUUUUCAAAUACCACAGGUAACGAUAAUAAUAAUAAUAAUAAUAAUAAUAAUAAUAGUAAUACUAUUCUCUCUACGCUUUGGGAAGUACUGGUACGAAUUCCUGGUAUUCUGAAGAGUCCACCUGUUUGUGCUACUCUUUCCGCUAUUGUCAUUUCAUUAGUACCCCCACUGCGUUGGUUAGCAGAGUCACCGCCUGGUGAUGUUAUUAUUGGUGGAAUGAAAAUAAUUGGAGCUGGGGCCAUUCCACUUCAGCUUCUCUUGCUUGGAUGUAAUGUGGCCGGCUCCCGUCCACCGCCUUUGGAAAAUAAGAACAGACCAACAACAGGUGGAAAACACAAUAGAGAUGAUGAAGAUAAUGAAGAUGAGGAGGAAGAUGGGGAUAAUGAUAAUACUAUGCAUACCGUGGGCAUAUCAGAUGGUCAGAGAAGAUGCAUGAAGUUCUUCUCCAUUUCACAGCCGACACUUUUCGCUAUUUUAACUGUUAGUUUACGACUUGUUUUUAUUCCAUUAGUUUGUUUCGUAAUUAUUCACUUUCUCCGUGUGGGAGGGAUUAUUCCUCCAGAGCGAGAUUUCUUAUUAUCUGUACUGUUGGGAACCUGCGCGCCUUCCGCUAUUAACUCAUCUCUUAUUUGUACUAUGCAUUCGUACAAGGCAAGACCGUAUGCACAGAUGAUAUUUGUGAUGUACGUUACUGCUAUAGGAACAACUGCAUUCUGGCUUACAUUCUAUAUUUGGUAUUUGGGUGAGUAA